UCGUCGUUUGAAUCUUCAUAAGAUCUACGUUUCUGAAACGCAACGUCAGCGAAUUGCAUCGUGUUUGAAUUCUUUUGAAUCAUCUAUACCUUAUUGCAAUUAGAUUCAAUCAAGAAGCUUACCGAGAGCAGGUAAUUUUCGGGAACUUUGAUCAGUUGGACUUCAGAACUUUAUGACUUAGGUCAAACUUGAUACAAUCAAAUUGUAGUGGAGUUUUCUAUUCAUGUGCUAGUUCUGUUCGGUGAUAUUGGUUAACCAUGGGGGUUGGAGUUUAGAUGGCUUCGACCACAAUUCAGGAACAAAAUGGUAGAGAGUGAUUUAAACACCCAGAAAAUUGCUCAUGAGGAAGGAUUCGGAUUCCAUAGGGACCCUUCAUUCUCUAAUUGGGGCGACAAAGAUGGGAUAUACAAUCAGAAUCGUGUACAAGAGGAUGAGAUUGUAAAUACAAAUGAAGUGGACGACAAUUUUGAACUACCAGUGCUUCAAAAAGUUGAUGAAGAACAGAGUAGUGAAUUGAGGGGUGUAAAGAUGAAUAGAAGUGGCAGUAUAGAUAUGUUUCCUGCUCCUAGUCCCAGAAGAGGAAACAAAAAUCGGAACUAUUCUUCUUUUGAUAUUGAAAUUGCUGACAAUAGAAUGCUAGAUCCUGAAGAUACCGAUUUUGUUGAAACAUAUAUGGCUGUUUCAUCAAGCUCCAGGAAUCCCAUUGCUGUUUCUGAUAUACUCAAGACAUUGUUUUUCAUACUCAUGUGGUACAUUUUCAGUACAUUAUUGACCCUGUAUAAUAAGACUCUACUUGGAGAUGAUAUGGGAAGAUUCCCUGCUCCUUUAUUGAUGAACACAGUUCAUUUUGCAAUGCAAGCUAUUUUGUCAAAGGGUAUCACAUACUUUUGGUCUAAAAGAUUUGAACCUUCUGUACCUAUGUCACAGAAGGACUACUUUGUGAGAGUUGUACCCACAUCUCUUGCAACUGCACUGGAUAUCAACUUGAGCAAUGCAUCCCUUGUUUUCAUCUCUGUUACAUUUGCCACCAUGUGCAAAUCUGCAUCUCCAAUAUUUCUUUUGAUAUUCGCCUUUGCAUUCAGGUUGGAGACUCCAAGUGUCAAACUUCUAGGCAUUAUUUUAAUAAUAUCUGUUGGGAUUUUAUUAACAGUUGCAAAAGAGACUGCAUUUGAAUUUUGGGGUUUUAUAUUUGUCAUGCUUGCUGCUGUUAUGUCUGGUUUUCGUUGGAGCAUGACUCAGAUCCUUCUUCAGAAAGAAGUCUAUGGUUUGAAAAAUCCACUGGUGCUGAUGAGUGUUGUAACUCCAGUAAUGGCUGUUGCAACUGCUUUGUUUUCUCUUAUUUUGGAUCCAUGGGAUGAAUUCAGAAGGACAAGUUAUUUUGAUAGCCCAUGGCAUAUCACCCGAAGUGGCCUCUUAAUGCUUUUGGGGGGAACUCUCGCCUUUUUUAUGGUGUUAACAGAAUACAUUCUUGUUUCAAUGACAAGUGCAGUGACAGUGACUAUUGCUGGAGUUGUGAAGGAAGCUGUCACAAUACUGGUAGCUGUAUUUUACUUUCAUGAUGAAUUCACAUGGUUAAAAGGAGCUGGUCUCAUCAUAAUCAUGUUUGGUGUGAGUUUAUUCAACUGGUACAAGUACCAAAAGUUCCAGAAUAGAACAAGAAGCGGAGCUAAAAUAGCAAAAUCUGACGAUACUACCCCUGCAAGAUAUGUUAUUCUUGAGGAUAUGGAAGGCGAGGAAAUUAGUCCUUAAUUAAUCCUUCAUCAUGUUUGUUACAUUCUUCAUUACAAAUGGAAAUACAUAAAUUCGAGGUGUUAUUUACCAAAAAAUGUAACAGAAAUGCUAAGUAUGAACCCCUUAUUUUAUCAUUAUUUAGCCUUUUUUUUUGUAGAUCAUAUACAUGUUCUAGGGGUUCAUUCGUAAAUUGUCAAAUGCAGUUUUGUUGUUGCUGCAUAAUUUCCAAAAAUGUACUUACGUACAAUCAU